GCCUUUGAACCCGGGCUCGCUGCUUGAGCCCCUGCAUGAAUUUCGGUCCCAAGGCCGCACGGCCUCAGCUCCUCGGAGUCUUCUACAGAGAGGGGCGCCGGGAAAAGCCAGCCCGAAGGGAGUGGGCAGGGCUGCGCGUAGAAAGCCCCAUUCCCCUCACGGCGGCCGCCAUUGCGACGCACCCCUUCCCCUCCCCCACCUCCGCUAGGGGGCGGCCUUUGUCCUACGUCUGCCCGUUGUGCUGUGCGUCUGACGUCACAACGCACAGAAGCCACGAGACGGAGAGAACGAGCCAGGAGGAAGCGGUUUCUCCGCGCUCGGCGGCGGCCGCCAUUUUGUUUGUGUGCGCAGGGCGGACACGGAGAUCGCUCGCCUUUUUUUUUUUUCAGCUGUAAGUGGUGGAGGUGUCCUUCUUCCUCUGGAUCUUUUGUUUUUCCUCUCUCCGUUAUUUUUCCAGGAGACCGAAGCAGCGGGGAAGCGGAGUGGGCGCAGAGAGAGUUGGUUGAGGGGGCCUGCUCGCGUCGCCUCCGCGGCCCGGGGAACAGGGGACAGAACAUACGACUUCCAUCUUAAUUUCAGUAAUUCUGAGUGCUUGAGUAUAGUUGUGCAUGUACCUGUUUGAACACGGAAUUCCUGCUUAUAACAUCCAGCAACGGAAGCUGUGGCAGAUGCGGCAUUCAAAGCGAGCUCAUUGUCCGGAAUGGGACGACAGAAAGAGCUGGGAUCAAAGAAAGCACAGCAGCACCCAUAAACGGAGGAAAAGGUCCCCCAGCAGUGGACAGGAAAGCAAGCACUAUAAAACAAAUCCUAUUUCAGAAAGUCAUUAUUUGGACGAUAGAGCCAUAAAUGAAAGAGACCAUCAUGACCGGAGAUAUGUUGAGGAAUACAGAAAUGACUUCUGUGAAGUAUAUGACCACAGGCAUUAUCACAGAGACUAUGAAAAGAGUCACCAUCAUCACUAUAGCAAAUCCUCUGGUCGGAGCAGGAAAAGUAGUCAUAAAAGGAAGCAUAAGAGGCAUCAUUGCUCCAGUCACCAAUCACAUUCGAAGAGUCACCGAAGGAAAAGAUCCAGGAGUGUAGAGGAUGAUGAGGAGGGUCACCUGAUCUGUGAAAGCGGAGACAUUCUGAGAGCAAGAUAUGAAAUUGUUGCAACUUUAGGAGAAGGAGCUUUUGGAAAAGUAGUGGAAUGCAUAGAUCAUGAUAUGAGAGGAAUGCAUGUAGCAGUUAAAAUUGUGAAAAAUGUUGGUAGAUACCGAGAAGCAGCACGUUCAGAAAUACAGGUUUUGGAACACUUAAACAACAUGGAUCCAAGCAGCAAUUUCCGCUGUGUCCAGAUGCUGGAAUGGUUUGAUCAUCAUGGCCAUGUUUGCAUUGUUUUUGAGCUACUGGGACUUAGUACUUACGACUUUAUUAAGGAAAACAGCUUUCUGCCAUUUCAUAUUAAUGACAUUAGAAAUAUGGCUUAUCAAAUUUGCCAGUCUAUAAACUUUCUACACCAUAAUAAACUAACCCAUACAGAUUUAAAGCCUGAAAAUAUCUUGUUUGUGGAGUCUGAUUACAUAGUGAAGUACAAUGCCAAAAUGAAGCGAGAUGAGCGUACUUUGAAGAACACAGACAUCAAAGUUGUUGAUUUUGGAAGUGCAACUUUUGAUGAUGAGCAUCACAGCACAUUAGUGUCUACAAGACAUUAUAGAGCUCCUGAGGUUAUUUUAGCACUGGGAUGGUCGCAACCUUGUGAUGUUUGGAGUAUUGGUUGUAUUCUAAUUGAGUACUACUUAGGAUUUACAGUAUUUCAGACACAUGAUAGUAAGGAACACUUGGCCAUGAUGGAAAGAAUACUGGGGCCUCUGCCAACUCACAUGAUCAAGAAAUCCAGAAAGCAUUAUUUUCGUCAUGACCAACUGGACUGGGAUGAACACAGUUCUGCAGGGCGAUACGUUAGGAGACGCUGUAAGCCUUUAAAGGAAUUCAUGCAUUGCCAAGACACAGACCAUCAAAGUCUGUUUGACCUUGUUCGCAGGAUGCUGGAAUAUGAUCCCGCCAAAAGAAUUACUCUUGAUGAAGCCUUGCAGCAUCCUUUUUUUGAACCAUUAAAUAAAUAAAGAAAUUCAAAGAUUCUAUAUGCUUCUCCAGGGAGAUUUCCUAGACUGUGUCAGUCAGCAGAGAUUGCAUGAAACUUUUGUAAACUUUAAAUUAUUUUGUACAGUUAAGUCUGUAAAUAUUUACAUAUGUUUUGUAUAACUGUUACAUUUACCUUAUUGAACCAUUGUAGUCCUAUGGGUAUCAAAGUGAAAAAUAAAGGUAAUUUUCAUUUUUGAAAA